AUGCUUGACGUGAUACGGAAAAGAAAACGGUCGUGGCUGGUGCUGCUGUUGCUUGGGGUCGGCGUGCUGGCGUUCGUCAUGGUCGGUGUGGGCCCCCAGGGAGGACAGGAGCAGGUGGUCACCAUCGCCGAGGUGAACGGGGACAAGAUCACCUACACCGAGCUCGAGCGCCAAUACUACAGGAUGCUGCAGACCUACCGGCAAUUGGCCGGAGGACGGCUCUCUCCCGCCGACCUCGAGGCGCUCAAUCUCAGGGGCCAGUUGCUGGAGGAGCUCAUCCAGCAACGGUUGUUGUUGCAGGCGGCCCACGAGCUGGGGCUUCGGGUCACCGAUGACGAGUUGGUGGAAGGCAUCGCGCGCAACCCGGCGUUCCAGGCCGCCGGCCAAUUCAACAAGAACACCUAUGAGCAGGCGCUUCGCGGACAGGGGCUGACUCCCGGAGAGUUCGAAGUCCGGCAGCGUGAGGCGCUGGUGAUCCAGAAACUUCAGGACCUGAUCCAACACUCCAUCCCGGUCACGGCCGACGAGGUGGAAGAACGCUAUCGGGUGGACAACGAGGAGAUCGCGCUGGAUUUCGUGCGGCUCAAGACCGACGAUUUUAUCGAGGGCACCGAGGUCAGCGACGAAGAGCUCAAGGCCUACUACGACGGUAACGGCGCGCUGUUGCGGGAACCGCUCAAGGUCAAGGCAAAGUAUCUGGCGUACCGCGUGAAAGACUUCGCCGCCGAUGUCGAGGUUUCCGACGAGGACAUCCGGGCCUACUACGACGUCUACCGUGACCGCCGGUUCCGCAGGCGGGAAGCGGUGAAGUUCAGCCAGAUCUUCAUCCCGGCGCCGGCGGAAGGAACGUCGCCGGAAGACCAGGCGGCGGCGCGCAAGCAACUGGAAGACGUCCUGAAGCGGGCUCGGGGGGGCGCCGACUUCGCCGAGUUGGCCAAGCAGCACUCCAAGGACGGCAGCGCCGCCCAAGGCGGCGACAUGGGUUUUGUCGGCCGGGGUCAACUGGUGUCGGCGCUGGACACGGCGCUCUUCGCGCUGAAGCAAGGCGAGGUGAGCGAUGUCCUGGAAAGCGCGCUGGGACUGCACGUGUUGAAGGCGGUGGAAAGGCAGGAGGACGAAGUCAAGGAGCUCGAGGACGUACGGGAGGAGAUCGUCGAGGCUCUCAAGGGUGAACGCGGCGCCACAAGGGCGGCGCGGGCGGCGGAGGAAGACCGCGAAAGGGCCCUCGACGGUACGCCGCUGGCGGAGGUCGCCUCAAAAAGGGGGAUCGAGUUGUCGGAGACGCAACUGUUCAGCGCGGGUGAAACGCUCGACGAGAUCGGGAACGUGGUGGACUUUUACCGCGCGGCCCUCUCCCUCAAGCCGGAUCAGGUGGGGCCCAUCGUCUCGGCACCCGGCGCGUUGUACCUGAUGGAGACCGCCCAGAGAAUAGAACCCGUGAUCCCGCCGCUGGAGGACGUGAAGGACAGGAUAACGGAGACCCUCACCCGCAGGAAGGCGCGCGAGCUGGCCCGGAAGAAGGGGGAAGACCUUCUGGCAGAGAUCAAGGAAGCGCCGGAUCUGGCCACGGUGGCGGCGGCCGGUGGACUCACCGUGGAGGACACCGGACUGUUUCCGCGCAGGCAGGCGGAGAUCCCCGAGAUCGGGUUCCUCCCGCUGCCCCUGGGACGGCUCACGGUGUCGAAGGAGAAACCGGUGGUGGAGACCGCCUACCUCCAGGACGACACGGUUUACGUCAUGGUGCUGAGGAAGACCAUCGAGGCCGAUCCGGCCGGUCUGGCCAAGGAAAAGGAGGACCUGACUCGGCAGAUAGGGGAGGAGAAGCGGCAACGCGCGUUCAGAAGGUUGAUCGAGAACCUGAAGGCCAAUGCCAAGAUAGAGAUCCAUCCGGAAUUCAUCUGA